AUGUCAGUCUUUGAUCAAGCAGAUAUUGUACAUGAAGUUUUACUCUUUCUCAAUCAUCGAGAUUGGAAAUGUUGCUUUCCAUUUGUUAUUAGUAGAACAUUUCAUCAAGUAAUGACUUGUGAGAGAUUUGCUGAAAGUUAUUAUGCAAAUUACAAAUCACUUUCCUCAUCACAAUUAAUUGAUUUGAAGGAAAAGAUUUCCCAACAUUCAAUUUGCUACAAAACUAAAGAAGAAAAGGAACCUACCAAGAAGAGAAAGAUUGAAUCAAAACCAUUUUGUAAAUUAUUGAGAGAUUGUUUAUUGGAUAGUUAUUAUAUGGACAACAAUAUUCAAGGAGGAUCAAUGUCUGGAUUUGGUUGGAUUACUAAUUACACCAAGAAAGAUAUUAAUCUUAAAAAACAAUUUUCUGUCUUGUUGGCAAAGGAUUUUUGUGUAAAGAAAUUUGAGGAUGAUACUGGACUAAUUAUCAAGUCUCAACAUGUGAAAAAAUUGUUGGAAUUGGAGAAGGUAGAUGUUCAAGUACAUCGAUUGGAUUAUAAUAAUUCAUGUUAUUUUAAUUCAAGUUCACAUACUUUGAAUAUUGAUUAUACUAUUUAUAUGGAUUGUGGUUAUCCAAUACAUGUUAAUUCCAAAUUAUUUAAUAUUUCAGUGAGAAGUGGAAAUUAUGUGGAGAGUUCACUUUCUACUACUGUUAAUGGUACUAAUAUAUUUGAAUGGAAUUACAAUGAAGAUGUAUUCAAAAUGAAAAAUAUUAAUACUGAAUUCUUAACUGGAAUAGUUGAGGAUAUUUUCCAGAGAAAGGAAGAAUUGUGGAAUGAAAUUGAGAAGGAAACUGAGAGAAAAAUCGAUUCAAAAGAGUCUAUUUAUAAGCAUUUAUUUUUGAAACUGUUAGAUCCUCUUAUCUAUUUUCAAUCAACACGUAUAGGAGUAGAUGAAUAUUAUGUUAUGGAAAAAGUUACCAUGUCACUACCUUAUUACUUUUCAACAUGGAAAUAG